CCUAAGGAGAGCCUAAGCAGCUGCAGCCUUGUAAUUUAAAACCGCUCCAGUUUUCUGGAGGACCAGCACUAGUUAGAUGCACAAUGAAAGCAAGACACCGUUCCUCGCUCCAAGGAUUCCCUCUCUGUGUACAUGAAAAGAAAGCCAAGAGACCAACCUGAGUGCAGCCGGACACGUCUAAGUAGAUGAUCUUCUGACAUCCCUUUCCAGAUCUCAGUAGAGGGCUUCCAACUCUCCCAGCUGUGAUCUCUGCUUGAAGAAAGAUAUUUCACUGCAGCACUUGGAAAUCUGAGCCAGCUGGAUGUCAGGAUGCAAGUGGUCACCCUAAUAAUAUUGCUUUUCUUUUGUAAAGCAUCCGAGUUUAGGAAGGUAAGAAGAAACAACCGGGCAAACAAUGACAAAUCCCACAACUCCCAAAAAAACUCUAGUACUGUUAAGCGCUAUGCUCCAGGAAUACCGUGUGAUAUAUACACAUAUAUCAAUGAGAAAUAUUUGGACUGUCAGGAGAAGAAACAAACAACUGUCCAAGAUGAUUGGCCAGAAGAUCUAAUACACAUUCUGCUGGCGAGAAACAGAAUUCGUAUAAUAAAAGAUAACGCAUUUUCGAAGUUUCAGAUUCUAAAGAGUUUGGAUUUGCAACAAAAUGAAAUUCGAAAAAUUGAGCCGCAGGCUUUCUUCGGGUUAAAAAGUCUGACAACUCUUCUGCUGCAACAUAACCGGAUCAAAAUCUUGUCGGAGGAGGUAUUUAUCCAAAUGCCACGGCUUAAUUACCUUCGGCUUUAUGACAAUCCGUGGGACUGUAACUGUGAGCUGGAGUCUCUUGUAACAUUACUACAGAUUCCACGAAACAGGAAUUUUGGAAAUUAUGCCAAGUGUGAGAACCCAGCAGAAUUGAAAGGUCAAAAGUUGAAACAGGUUACACCUCAAAUAAUAUGCCAAGAAGAAAAUGGAGGACCUAAACCAUUAGAAGGAUCCAAGGUCACCAAACCUUCUGUGGAUUCAACACUUUGUCAUACGUAUCUAUAUCCAACUGCAACACUAGACUGCAGAAGGAAAGAAUUACAGCAGGUUCCAACUGACAUUUCUCCAGAUAUUAUAAAACUGGACCUCUCAAGCAACAAAAUCAAGCGACUGCAAGCAAAACAGUUUAAAGAUGUUCCAAAUCUUGAGAUUUUAAACCUGAACAACAAUGGGAUAGAAUUUAUAGAUCCAGCUGCCUUUUCCGGUCUCAUGAACCUCCAUGAAUUAGACUUGUCAGAAAACAAGCUCUGCAAUUUCCAGUAUGGUGUCCUGGAAGAUUUGUACUUUUUGAAAAAGCUAUGGCUUAGAGACAACCCGUGGCGGUGUGACUACCACAUCCAUUACUUAUUCUACUGGCUAAAACAUCAUUACAAUGUAAACUACAAUGGCUUUGAAUGUAAAGAACCAGAGGAGUACAAAGGGUGGUAUGUCGGGAAGUAUGUCAGGAGCUACUACGAGGAAUGUCCAAAUGAGAGAUUACAGGUUCAUGUGGGGAUGGAUGAAGAGGAUUGGGAGAAAAUGGAAGACAGGAAACAAAUUGAGUCGGCAAAAACACAGGGUGUCCUAUUAACAGUCUUAACUUAACUGGCUACUUUUUUAGAUUGUUUUCCUUACCGAAGAAAAAAAUAAUUUAGUUUUUUGUGUUAACUUUAAUAGGUAUUUUCUAUAAAGAUUAUUUCAGCUUAAGAUGUCAGAUUGGGUCUACAGCUGAACAACAUGCAUUAGGGUAGGGCUACAUGGUCAACUGUGCCUCAGAGCAGAUAAACCUUUCAGAUGAUUAUGAGCAUUAGCCAUUUGGGACUACCCAAUCACAUAACAGAAUGUAAGUACAUGUACU